GUGUGAAGGUUAUAUAGCUUUCAUGAGGCUUCUGCAAGGCAAUAUACAAUUUUUCGGUUCUAGAUGCUGCCAAUGUCACUCGCUGCUGCUUCGUGUAUUGAAACCAUAUAUUAUCGAAUUUAGGUGCCCUAUGUAUUCAACACAAAGAGCACUCCUAAACAGUGCAUAUUUUGCGAUUUUUUUCACUACAACGUAAUCUUUCUUUGAACGCGGAAUGUCCAAUAUGAAGUACUCUUAAGGCUCAUUUGAGGCAUAAACAUUACCAUGUUGGUAAUAGUGUAACGACCAUUAUGUUUUGAGGGGUUAUGGCACGUAUAUAGUUAUUAAUUUAUGGUUCAGUCCUUCACAGAGAAAUUUACUUUUCAUUUCAUAUUUACAUUUUGAUGGGUUGAUGUUUACGUCAAGCUGUUGACCAGUGUUAUAAUAAUGGAUGUGGAAUUAUUAAGACCAGGGACAGCACGACCGUCUCAUAAUACUGUGCUAUGGUUUGAGUUUUUGUUGGAUCCCAGCUUGCUAGAAAAUCAUUUACAGAAAGAAACACCAGAUCCAUCACCCACAGAUUUGAUUGUCAAGUUCCUGUCCAUUACCCCAGAUACAAAGGAAGCAGAAUCUAAACAAAGUGAGAAUGAGUCACCAGAAAGUAACAAAAAUGAGGUGCCUGGAAAUAAAAGAGGUUAUAAAUUUUUAGCCUUGAAAAUACUAUCUCUGAAAGUUGCAGCUUUCUUGAAAUGGGAUCUAGGUAUUUUAGAAAGAAGGUUACCCUUGCCAAUGCAGUUGACACUUCUGCAGGAUUUGUUAUAUCUGACACUCGAGAAAGAUGCUGAAGUGGAGACGCACUUGCAACUGGAUUUGAGUUCUUGCCCAGGCCACAUUCUGUUUGCUGUAGCUCUUUAUCAUCGAUGGGUUCUUCGAGCUGUUAUGUCCAGUCGCUUUGCUACAAAGCAGGCUCGUCAACCAUAUAUUCCUGUACCAGGACUGCAAGAUCCUACAUAUGUUCCUCCUAAUGUAAGUGAAGAUCUUGUAAGAGGUUUGGACAGUCAAGUGGCCAAUAGCAUUGAAGUCCUGAGUCGCAUAUUAGCCGGACCUGCAAUUCCAACAGUCCCUAUAUUUGACACUUUUGUAAUGCUGACAGAGGAUAGCACUGAUGCACGGCAGAAUUGGGAUAAGAGCGCUGAAGUAUCUUCUACAGAAUUUUUAUGCCAGCUGCAUUUUGACCUGGGGAGCUUCCAUUUCUUUCGUGAAGAAUAUUCUGUAUCAGGGGAUCUAUUUCGCAAGGCUGCAGAAUUGCGACAGCUAUUGGACAUUGAAUCCACUGUAUAUUGUACAGUAUCGGUUGAGGAUUUGAAAGGUUAUUGUGAGGCUUGUGACAUUACUUCACCAACUGUAUCAACACACAACUUAACAUAUCAACUGCACCGAGCAAUCAGGGAUCAAUACACAGGUAUAGUAUCCAUCCUCCAAACAGACAAUGUGCAUCGAGAAAUCCCACAGAUUUACCGGGAUACUCUGGAGUUGGAUAUUCAAGGUGCAAUGUCCAGUCGCAAAUUCACUGUUGCUCGAGAUCUGCUGCUUCAAGUUCAGACAUUGAAUGUUGUCCGAAGGGUGGUCACAGGCACACUGACCUGUGGUGAUUACACUCACAAACUUCAUCAGGGAGGCUCCAAGGCUGUUGAUUUACUUGUCAGUGCACUGAAACAUAUACUGCCACAUUCUGACUUGGCAGAAAAGGAGCGUAUAAAGUUGUUUGUGAUGAGACUCAUCGAAUGCGGAGACAUAGAAGGUCUACCUGAACGUCUUAUAUCAUAUGAGUUUCUAACAGAUCUCUUUUCACCUACUGAGAUGGAGGAGAUACCCAGUAAAACUGCGGGAGUAGGGCAUGAGGUGGACAUCCCAGAACUGCUAUUGAAAACUGACUGGGACAUGCCAGACUUUACACUAUGCAAGAAUGUGAGGUUAGAAGUUGGAAGUCUGGAACAGCAGCUGUUACUGAGCUAUGAUGUAACAGAAAUCAGGGGGCUUGUAGAAAAACUUGUUGCUGCUAAUCCAGCAAAGCCCCAGUGGAGAAUCAAUAACAAGUGGGAAUUGCCAAUUCCUUUGCAGAGUAUGGCAAUGUCAUUACCGAGAGGCUUUGUACAGGAUUUUGCUUGUAUCUUGUUGGCAAAGUCAAGAGAACUAACUACGAUGAAGGACUUUAAGCUGGCUAGAGACUUGUUAAAUGCUGUAGGAAAAGAAGCACGCAACAGUUCCAUAAAUUCUGGAGUACUGUACAAGCUGAUUCGUCUGUUAUCGUGGGAGACUCUUCUCAUACAGAUUAUUGAGUUCCUAACAGAGUGGCCAAACCACAAGCUAAAUACCAGUACUCUUGUGUCUGAUUGCAAGCAGUGCUUGGCAGCUCUUCAGUCAGGUGAUAAUGUCAUCCCUCGCCUUGAAGUCAUGGAGCAUUGUGCUAUUUGCCUCUUGAAUUUGGGUGAAUGGGAAUACUUGAUUGGCCUGGAGAAACGUUGGAACUACUUUGAAAUUGCCGCUGCUAUUGCAUGUGCAUGUCUGGACAUAGCAAAAUAUAAAGGGAACAAGAAAGUAUCCAGAGAUGCCUGGGAUAUUGUACUACCCAUAUUUGGUCCCAAUCCUCAGCAGAAGCGGACUUCAUCAGGAACAACAACAUUAGUUCAUCGUGACUCUCCAAACAACAGUUCAACUCAUACUCGAUCUACACUGUCACACUUUCUAGCAAGACUACGAGACAGUACAGCACUCGCUGUUGUCAUUUCCCUGUUAGCUCGCCUUCAGAAUGUGCUAAGAGAUGAACCAAGUUUGGAGUUGAGUGUGGAUUAUGUUGGAUUGUGGCCAGCAGUUGUCAGCAAUGCGAAUUCUUAUUCCCUGAGAUCAGUUGGCGAGACACUUUCACAGUUGUUACUACAAGCACUGCAGUUUCAUGCAACAAAUGUAGCCUGGCUGAAGGUUAUGGGUGAUCUUAAUUUUGUACAAGGACAUCACGCUGUGUCACUGAGGUAUUACCUGGAAGCAGCUAUUGUGGUUAGUGACUUCUUCAGUCAGCCAGUACCUAGAGCUGCAAUAGAUGACCAUGUAUAUAAAAGGAUGAUAAAGUGCUGUUCCCAUCUGCAGUGUCACACACAGGCUGCUGUUCUGUGUCAGUUCUUGGAAGAGGUGGAUUAUACUACGGCUUUCAAAAGCCUAGGUGAUAUCAAGAGUACAUGUAGUGAUGCAAUGGAUUCGUAUUACUCGUGCAUUUGGGACACGACCAUUCUGGAAUAUCUCGUUUAUUUACAUACCAAGAGAGGUGAACACCAUCGCAAACAACAAGCUAUCAAAGUGAUUGGUUUGCUGGAAUUAAAUGCUAAUAACAAUGAAGAAAUACAAAGAGAAGCUGCUAAUAUCCGGAAGUCACGUUUCUUGCGGGCUAUGGCUAGACAGUAUGUAUGCUAAAUUUAAGUACAAUUUGUGCAGAGAAAAUUGUGACAUUGUUUAAUAUUAAACUGGUUCUCAUAACUUUACAGUGUUUCAGUAAAUAUUUAACCAUCACAUUGGAACAUGAUCUGUGACCUUGUAUUUUGUUUAAGAUUCUUUGAAUUGUACUGUUACAUUUGUCAUGCAAGUGCACAUCAAGUGUAACGUACAUUAAGCUAAAAGAAUAAUGAGCAUAUUUGUUACACAGUAACAUAGAAAAUUAAUUGAUGGAUUGCUUACUGUGAAGUAUAUCACACAAAUCCAUUUUGAAAACUGGCAAAUUAUAUACGAGAAUUCCUGAUA